GCUGAACAGACUAUGGAACAGACGGAGCCGUUGGUUACAUAAGCCACGCCCUCUGGAUACCUCUUCAGGAAUCUUGGGCCGCGUCCAGAAGCACAUUGUAGUGCACUAAAGAGUGUGUUCUGUGUUCUAACGUCUUCCGUUAGCUCUCGGUCCUACACCGGAAACGCAGGAUGGAGCCUGACGAUCAUCAUGUUUAAAGUUAAAGGCUUUAUGUAGCUACACACACACACACUACAGCUACACAACGGACUCACUCACUACUGGCAGAACCCGUUGUUAGGAGAUGACGCCCAGUUGACAUCCAGAGCUGGUUUUCUUCUGCACAAUGAGCGUCUCUGGACUCUAGUGCACCGCACCGGUCCCUUCAUUCCUCUAUACAGGUCACUUGGGGCGGGCAAUGAAGAAAACAGCGCAGAGGUCCAGGGAAGAGAUCACCGUUGAGCCACGCAUGGAGACUCAAGCGAACGGUCAUGCCAACGGUCAUGCCGCCGACAACGGGAUCAAGACCCUGCGAAAUGGCUUGGUCAACGGUUUUCAUAAGGAAGUGGUGCGAAUUCAAAUCCCCGGCCCACCAAGCGCUUCGUUCCCCACCGAGUGGGGCAAGACUGCCAUGGCAUUGUUGUAUGCCAUUUGCUGCUUCGUUUUAACCACGGUAAUGAUCUCCGUAGUUCACGAGCGUGUGCCUCCUAAGGAGGUGAGCCCUCCGUUGCCUGAUAAGUUCUUUGACUUUUUCGACCGUGUGGAGUGGGCUUUUAACAUCUGCGAGAUUAACGGGAUGAUUCUGGUCAUCUUAUGGAUCUUACAGUGGAGUCUCUUAAAACACAAGUCCAUUGUUGGUCGGAGGUUCCUUUUCAUUGUAGGGACGCUGUACCUGUACCGGUGUAUCACUAUGUACAUCACUACUCUACCUGUUCCAGGGAUGCACUUUAAGUGUUCAGCUAAGCUGCAUGGAGAGUGGCAGUCCCAGAUGUGGCGGGUGAUGAAGAUGCUCGCCGGCGGAGGUUUGUCCAUCACCGGCUCUCAUCACAUGUGCGGAGACUACCUGUACAGCGGCCACACGGUCAUGCUGACCCUCACCUAUCUCUUCAUCAAAGAGUACUCUCCGAGGCGCUUCUGGUACUAUCACUUGGGAUGUGGGACGCUGUGUGUCAUCGGCGUGUUCUGCAUUCUUCUGGCUCACGAUCACUACACCAUAGAUGUCGUCAUUGCCUACUUCAUCACAACACGCCUCUUCUGGUGGUACCACACCAUGGCUAACCAGUCAGAACUGAAGUCGGCGUCUCAGAGCAACUUCCUGUCACGCGUGUGGUGGUAUUGGGUUUUCCUGUAUCUAGAACGAAACGUGCAAGGCGUUGUUCCUCGCAGUUACCACAUCCCCUUCUCGUGGCGAUCGAUACAGUGGGGCACAGUGAAGUACACCAGGAUCGACUCGGACUAAUCGACGAGUCUCAGUCUGGAGAGAGAGAGAGAUAGAGACUCUAAAGACUUGCCUUAAGUGCCAGGCCAUGUGACAAGCCAAGCCAAGCCAAUCCCUUUAGCUUCUGAAGCAUUUCAUUCCUCACACACUGCCUGUGUUCCCUGAUGUUUCAGCCCUGAUGUGUUCUGGGAUGCGUGAGGUGAAGGUCACAGGGCCGGAGAGAUUAAUGAAUGCCUUUAGCACCUGCCAAAUGUGGCCGCUAUCGUAUCGUGGUCUUUAACCGAUUGGGUCGACGAUCUGUCUUCUGUUAUACUUGAACCUACAGUGGAGUGAACCAGAUACAGAUAUUUUCUACUUCCUUACAGACUGAGCCAGUUCACCACGUUUAUACGACAGAGCACGAGCUAAAUACGACCCGCUGUAAAAGUGGCCCUUUAACUAAAAAUCCUGCAGUUUAUUCUUUUUUUCUUUUUUCUUCCCACAAAACGUCUCACAGGGAAGGAGACGUUUAAAGAGAAGUGCAGUUUUGUAGCUAUCCACUCUAACAGGAUAACGUCUGCUUUCUAUAAGAAUAGAUUUAUUUUUCAGAAUAAAUCCCUCACCUUUUUUUACAUGUAGAGCAAAAGGACACAAAAGACUUGUAUGUUUCUGGUGAUAAAACCUUCCUCAGUGCCUUAAAUGCCAGGAUUGUACAGCGAUCCUGUAGAGUGUUUUUUUUGUUGUCGUUUUGUUUAAACUUGUGGUACAUUCAUGUGAAGACCCUAUAAUGUAAAUGGAGGCAGAAAUAUCCAGUGUUUAAACGCCGGACCAAUCGACUGCCUCGUAUAACAUUCAGGUCGGAGAUAUUUAGCUCUUGCUGGUAGAAAUUGAAGGUAAACGUAAAGAUGUUAGUAUUAAUACGAUAAUAAUCAUAUUUAUUGGAAUUUAUUCGGAACCGCUGCUGUUGUAGCUUGUAGGUCCUACUUACGUUGUUUGUUUAGAUCUCGAAUUGACGUUCAGUUGUUCCUAGACGUGUAGUUAAUAAGAAAAGUAAUAAGAAAAAUAUCUAUGAAAAUAAAUAUAUAUAUAUUUUCUUUACUUCUCCUCUUUUUUUACCAGCAAAGCGUAUUUGGUUUUUAAGAAACUCCCAAAACUUUUCCGCCAAAAAUGACCAUAAUCAGUUUUGUUGUUACUUGUCGUCGUGUAUUAAACUUAUUUAUUAUCUUAUCUUAAGUAUUCCGCUCAAACAGAACACGGGAACACAUUUCAUAACGUCCUGUUAUUUUUGUCUGCUGUCGGUUCUGUUUGAGUUCCCAGUUGUAAGACAGGAGAAGGUGUUUUGAUGCCUGCGAACGUGUUCCGUCAUGUCCGACGAGGUUGAUGAGCAGGAUCGUCCUGAAAACAGUGAGCUGUUCUGUGUAACACAUGAUGAGUAAAAGCUGCUAACUCGUAACCUUUUUUUUUUUUUUUUUUU